GUUCGAGGAAAAAGCAUAAAUUAAAAGGAGCGACUACAAUUGGUGUUGGUUGGGAGGUUUGCGAAAGGGAUUUAUAAAAAUGGACAAGUAUCUUCAAAUACCAUCUUCAACUUCCAAGGAAAAUGAAAAUCCAGGAGAAAAACGCAAAAGAGAAGCAGUCUCUGCGGUGUGGAAUUUUUUCAAAAGGACCCGGGAUACAAAUAUAGCCAUUUGUAAGUUGUGUGGCAAAACUUAUAAAUCGAGCGGCAAUACAACAAACCUGAUGGACCAUUUAAAUCGAAUUCAUCCGGAAGCUAAGGCCGAUGGAAAGCCUAACAAGCGUGUAACCAUUUCGAUUGUAAAUCCACUUAUCUGCGAGCUACACAAGCGAUUAAAUGAAAUACAAUGUUUGGAACAACAGGAUGCCAUGGCUGCUCUAAAUUACGUUAAGGAACGCCUGCCUACACGCCUCUUUCAAUAUGAGACAAGUACGAUUACCAGGAUUGCCACCAUUAUCGAUCCUCGAUUUAAAAAAGAUGGCUUUUUGUCAGCCUUAAAUGCCGAACAGGCUUCUAAAGCUGUAGAGGAAGAAUUGUCCAUCGAAAUCUCAAAACUAAAGCAAACCCCUCAACCAACGCCACCAACAACAACGCCACUCAGAUGUGAUAGGACUGGAAGUAAAGGCGGCGGAGUCGCUGUUAUAGUCAGUAAGAAUGUGAAGCACAAACAGAUCUCCAAUAUGAACACGCAUCUCAUUGAAAACGGCAUUUAA